AUGAUUGAUUUUGAUUUCAUUACUUCCGACCUCUCCAAAAUGAAGGUUUUCACUUCAGUUUCAUUGUUUUGCGGAAUUGUUUAUUUCGUUGCCAAAUUGAACAAGACAAUCAACUCGAUCUUGGUUUUCUGUUGGGCAUGCUUUGUCAAGCCAUUAAUUCAAAAAAAGACUGGCAAGACUGGUGUGAAAAACCAACAACAAAACUUGGAGUUGUUUUACAAAAACCAAGCUCAUAUUUAUGAUACCACUAGAACCGUUUUGCUAAAGGGAAGAAAAGAAUGUCUUAGAUUGGCUAUUUCACACUUGCAGAAAAAGAAGGACUUGGUUUGGAUCGAUAUUGGUGGCGGCACUGGCUCCAAUAUUGAAUUUAUGAAUCAAGUUAGCAACAUUUCAAAAAAUUUUAAGGCGGUGUAUUUGGUUGAUCUUUCACCAUCAUUAUGCGAAGUUGCUAGAAAUAGAUUUGCUGCUCAUGAAUGGACUAAUGUGCAUGUGUUGGUUGCCGAUGCUUGUGACUUCACAAUUGACUAUAAAAGUGCUGACUUGAUAACUUUUUCGUAUUCCUUAUCCAUGAUUCCCACUUUUAAUGCUGCCAUUGACAAUGCUGUUUCCAAGUUGGACAAACAAGGUAUUAUUGCUACAGUUGAUUUCGGUAUUCAAAGUAAUGAUACAUCCAUUGGUAGAGUCAAUACCUUGGGCGGAUUGGUAAACAGAAACAUUCCUUGGAUUUUGAGAAAUUUUUGGAGGAUUUGGUUUGAAGCUGACAAGGUGUUUUUAGAUUCUUCAAGAAGAAACUAUUUGGAGUACAAAUUUGGAACAAUCAAGUCGGUUAAUCAAUACAAUAAAACCUUAGGUAGAAUUCCAUACUAUAUUUGGAUUGGAUGCGACAAGGCAAGGUCUUCGCAAAUCUUGACCAGGUUGAAUUGUUUGGCUACUGAGUCACCAUAUCUUGCUCCUUCAAGUUCCCCUAGGCAAGUUUCCGAAUCAAUGCCAGUUUCCAAAGGUCACGAAGCUGCUAUUGCCAACUUGCAAAAGAAUUUGCCAUUCCCUUCUUUAUACUACCAAAAAGAGGUGUGGAGAGUUUACUACGACGAAAUGAACCACUUGUACGAGCAAUUCAAAAACCAGUACAUCUACGCAUUCACUUGGGAAGAUCCAAGAGAAGACCAUAAAAUAUUAAACUUCACCAGUGAUGAUACUGUAUUGGCUAUAACUUCAGCUGGUGAUAACAUCUUGAGCUAUGCCACCUUGCCCACAGCACCAAAACGAAUUCACGCUGUUGACUUGAAUCCUUGUCAAAAUCAUUUAUUAGAAUUAAAAUUGGCUUCAUUUAGAGCACUCACUCAAGACCAGAUUUGGCAAAUGUUUGGUGAGGGACACAUUGAUAAUUUUACCGACUUGUUAAUUGAUAAAUUGGCCCCACACAUGUCCUCAAAUGCAUUUCAAUAUUGGAUGGCAAAAGGUCCGAAGGCUUUUACUGGAAAGGGUCUUUACGACACUGGUUCAAGUAGAUGGGCUAUUAGAUUUGGUAGGAUUAUCUUUAAAGUUUGUGGCAUUUCUCAACAUGUUACUGCAUUGUGCAAAGCAUCAAGAAUUGAAGAGCAGAAACAAAUUUGGAACGAACACAUCAAACCGGUUUUAUUCAACCGAAUUGUUGGUUCAUUCUUGGUGGGUAAUCCUAUUUUCCUUUGGAAAGCAUUGGGCGUUCCUGCCAACCAAGCUAAAAUGAUGGGACCAUCAGUUAUAAAGUAUGUCGUUGACACCUUGGAUCCAAUUAUUGAAAGGUCCUUAAUUUCCGAGGACAAUUAUUUCUACUACUUGUGUUUGAUGGGACGUUACUCCAGAACCAAUUGCCCAGAUUACUUGACAACCAAAGGGUACAAACGUUUGACUGGUCAAAAAUCAAUCACUGGGGAAGUGCCAAUUGAUAAUAUCAGGUUGCACACUGAUUUAUUAAAUGAUGUAUUUGCAAGGUUGAGCAACAAAUCAAUCACCAUUGCGAUUAUAAUGGAUCACAUAGACUGGUUUGAUCCAAACGGUGUUGACGUCAUCAAUGAAAUCACUGCCAUCAAACAAUGUCUUGUCAAAGGGGGAAGAGUCAUGUUGAGAUCAGCUGCCACUCAUCCUUGGUACAUUAAAACCUUUGAGUCACUUGGUUUCAAAUGCGAAGCUGCAGCUAUUAGAGAAUCCGGCUCAAGCAUUGAUAGAGUCAACAUGUAUGCAUCGACAUGGGUGUGCACUAAUCUUGAUGGUAAAGAAGAUGUGGUCACCGUUCCUUCUGAUAUUACAAAAUUAGAUGCUGGUCGUCGUAGAAUGAGUAGCUUAAAGAUAUAG